ACUCGCCCUGCUCCUGUUCCUCUCGCUCUCUCUCGCUCGCCUUCGCUCCGCUCACACCAUGCAGAUCCUCGUCGCUCUUAUCUCCACUCUCUUCCUCGUGUCCGGGGUGAGCACCACCACUGCCUCGCUGGACGACAGAUUCAACCUCCAGAGCAGCCGGGAGAUGAAUCAGGAAAGGAAAGAGAUGAUCCUCAAGCUGUUGUCAGGUCUCCUGGACAAUGCCGCGGUGAGUGGGCAGACGGGGAGCGAGGCCGGUUACCCUGAGCCCGCGGAUGGGGGGCCGGUGAUGUUGGAGGAACGAUCUCGCUACAGCCAACUGCCCCAGCGAAGCCGCAAAGUCCCCUGUAAGAACUUCUUCUGGAAAACAUUCACCUCCUGUUGACGAUAAACAGUACAGACCUCCUACACCCCCCUCUCCCCGUCCCUCUUUCCCCUCCCUCUUCCCCCCACCCCACCCCACAACCUAAAGCACGGGAUGAAACCCACCAGUAACUAAACUGUUUAGCACUGUACAUUUGCUGCUGCUGUUUUUAUUUUUAUUCAUCUGUGAAGUGAAAUUCCUUUCUUGGGCACGGAAAUAAUUAAAGAAAGCAUAACCAUACGUUCACUGCCUGGUGUUUCUUUCUUCUGGUGACAGAGCGAG